AUGAUUACUUUGAUGUUACUGUUGGCUAUACUACACACCGGAUUGUCGGUCAAAAGCGGAUACGAAGAAGUGGAAAAAAAUUUACUUAAGAAAUUAGGUAUAACCCGAAGAACUGUAGUAGAGAAAAAUAUAAAGAUACCAUCUUCCACAAUGGAGUUGUAUAAAUCCAUGCUAGAAGAAAACAAUAAUGCAAUGACAACGCAUUUUUCUCUUCCGGGUUUGCACACAGCGUCUGCCAAUACUGCUAGCAUUUAUCCCAACAAAGGAUCAGCUCCAAUUAAAGAAAAGUCUAAGAAAUAUAGGUUACAGUUCGAUAUAAAUUCUAUACCGGAAAAACACCAGGUUAAAGCUGCUGAAGUUCGUUUUCCAAUAAAAUACGAUCAAGUACUACGGAAUGGAGAAUAUAUUCAUGUGAUUUUACAUGAUAUAGUCCAACCUGGCGAGAAGGGCAUAUCAAAACCUAUUCUCAGAAUUAUUGAUUCGAAAUCAAUUAAUAUGUCAACAAUUUCAAUGACCGAAAGUUUUGACGUAACACCAUUUAUAGAAAGACUGUCAAAGAACAAUUUCAAAGAAAACCAUGGUAUACUAGUACAAUGCGUCACGGAGUCUGGUAGUCACACACACUUGCUGAGCGUGUUUGAUUUUGUAUCACCUGAAAAUACAUUGCUAUUAGUCUACACCGAUGACGGAACAAGCGAGAAGAGCUCGCUGGAACGGAUGAUGCGGAGGCAUAGACGAUCGGUUAGCGCUCCGGAAAAGCCGCGGAAGACAAUUAAAACGACAAGCUGCAGGCGGCAUUCGAUGUACGUAGAUUUCAAAGAAAUCGGGUUCAGCGAUUGGAUCGAUGCGCCAAAUGGGUACGAGGCGUUCUACUGUCAUGGGGAUUGCAUGUUGCCGUUGGCCGCUCACGUGAACGGGUCCAACCACGCGAUAAUGCAGAUGCUUUUCAACGAAUUUAAUGCGACGAAAGUUCCGCGGGCGUGCUGCGUACCGACCAAGCUGAAGACGCAGUCGUUGAUUUACAAAGACGACAAUGGCAUUUUGAAGAUGAAAAACUGCCCGGAGAUGACUGUGGCUGAGUGCGGAUGUAGAUGA